AUGAGACUAUGAGAAUAGUUAGUGGCUGUUUAAAAAGCACACCUCUACCUUGGCUGCCCACUCUGAGUCAUAUUGCACCUCGCAAUAUUCGAAGACAGGAAAGACUCGUUAAGGAAUAUCAGAAAAUAUUCUCAAAUCACCACCUUCCAGUCCACAAUGACUUGCCAGAUACUCGUCUGCGGAGACUGAAGUCUAGAUCCCGCCCACUACUAUUAGCAGAACAACUUUUGGGAGAAAACUUCAGUAUAAAUGAUAAAUGGAGGGAGUACUGGGACUCUUUAAAACCAGAUCAAGCAGCUUAUGUCAUCGACCCUACAGCAGCUCUACCAGGGAUGGAGCUGCCCCGCAACGAGUGGAAGGUACUCAACAGGCAUAUGCAGGAGAAGCGAGUGAUUUCUUUGAAGCCACAGACACCUUGUUGA